UCGGCAUUUCAAACGCGCGUUGUUGCUAUCGCGUUGCGCAUCGCCGCUACAUCACGCUGCGCGUCGCCGCUACAGGUUCAUCCAGCUAGCGGUGCGAAACGAAGCACGAUUGCUUCGAUUCGAAGACGCGUAAACCCUAUAGAAAUGGCGUAAUAAUCAACAUUAUCGAUUCGACGCACAUGAGAGUUCCUCGCAGGUGGGGAUGAAUUUUAUCGCUACGCUCAGUUAUAAAGGUACCAUAGUGAUAUGAUAUGUCAGUCCUCUGUUGACGGUUGUCCAUUCACAGUGGAAAUUGAAGUUGACUUUCAUACGCGCCAACGAUCGAUCAGAACAAUGCAGGUGGAAAUUAUAAUAGCGAUGGCGUUCCUCAGCAUAUUCACGUUUUGCGAAGAGGGAUACGUUUUCCCUGAUGACACGAAAGCGACCAUGAAGGAAACAAAGAAGCCUAAGGAAAUUAAAAAAGCAGCGAUCGCGUCGAAGAACGUAAAGGGUGCCGUCAAGGCUGCCAAGAAGGCGAAGAAGAAUAAGAAGGACUGCACUAGGAAAUGCGGGGACGAUCUCGCUUGCGUUCACGAUCCCGCGGAUGCUAAUUUCAAGCUAAAGACCUUCGGCACGCAGCGCACUCUGGACGUUCUCAACUGCAAGAUAGAAACAAAACUGACCGUGAAGAACAAAGGAGAGUGUCCCGGAUCCGGCGGAAUGUUCUGAACGAGUGUCGGCCGGCCAAUCCAUCGUGAAGCGAAGCGUAGACUAGCAAAUGUCCAAGCAAAAUCGUGUUUUGUCUGGACAUUUGUUAUCCUACGCCGGGUUUUAAACCAUUGUCGCGAAUUUCCGUUUAGUCCAUUGCAGUUCCCUCGACGCGCUAUUGCGUUUUUCUCUAAUGGAACUCCAUAAAUUUUCGAUUGGGUUAAGGUCCGGACUUUGUGGAGGCCAUUGAAAAAUUUCUAUUUUAUAAUUCUGGAAAAAUUGUUUCGUUUUUUACUGUGUGCUUCGGAUCGUUGUCUUGCUGAAACAUUCAUUUCUUAUCGAGAUCCAUUUUUAGAAUUGAUUCUUCUAAGUUUUCAUUUAAAAUGUCAAUAUAUUUAUCAGUAACAUCAUUAUUGCACCUUUUCCACACUUGACUGUUGUUACAACAUAUUGCUUCUUUAGAGCUUCAUUCGGUUUCCUCCAUAUGCUGUGCUUUCUUUUCUUAUUCAAUAAUUCAAAUUUACUUUCAUUGCUCCAUAUUAUUCGUUUUCAAAAUGAUAAUGGCUUAUUUACAUAUCUUUUUUUGCAAAAUCUAAACGUUUCUUUUUAUGCACUUUAUUAAUUAUGGUUUACGUCUACUUACACAACUCUUCAAACCCACCUCUUUUAAUCUUCGUCUCACAGUUCUUGAAGAUAUGUUUAAUUGUAGUUGUUUCAAUGACGUUGUCGAUGAGUUACGUUAAGCUUCUCUCAUGAUUCUUCCGUCCAUGACUGUAAAUAUAUACGAGAACAUCAAGUAACACAACGCCGCACGACGAGAGCUCCGACGAUAACUGAUUGCACGUCAAACUUGCAUUGAGACUCUCUUGCAUUGAGUAUCGUAUACGCUGUAUACGAUACUCAAUGUAAGAAGCGACAAGAAUGUAUCUCUCUAAUAAAUAUUAACAAUGAGCAACCAUUUUGAUCCUGUUUGUCAUGAUCACUACCUACCUCGCCGCGACACAACUGAUGUUUGAAUGUUUUAUGUCAGUCUUGAUGCUAAAUAUUGUACUAACAUGCGACCGUCUCACGCGUACCGUUUCGCGUUCGCGAAAUGAAUUUGGGCAAGACUUUUUAAGAAAAGAAAGAACUUUUCUUCACUUUAAAUAUGUACAGACUCUCAUUUAUUAACGAAUUUUCUCCUCUAAUAAUAAUGAAGAAUAGCGUUUUAUGUCACGUCAACUCGCGACGAAGACUCGUGACUCUCUCAGCUGUUGUUGUUGUUUUUCUUGACGAUUUUCCGUCGUCCAGACAAUCAUCCUUCAGUUGUCAAAACUGAUACCAGAUGCCCAAGAUUCGCGGACAAUGGACACUGCCACGAACCUUGUGGUUCGGACAAAACAAUAUGUAUCUGCAAAUAUGUAUGCAAAUUCGAUCUGGCUUUCUAAUCGUGCAUGCGAAUUCUCUUGUGAGAGGAAACCGAAAGGUCUUACAGAAUAGAUUCGGGAUACAAUUGAUGCGAUUCAUGCGAUCAAAGCAGUCGUGCUUCGUUUCGAACGAAGCUAACUGGAUGAAUCGAUAAUCGCCGAAACGAAUUAAUCAGGUAACUUUCGAUUG